AUGGCCGUUCACGGGAGCCAAAGUGCUUACAAAGUGGAGCCGUACAGCACCGGCGCCUACAGUGUGGGUGAGGGUCCGCACUGGGACUACACAACAGAUACCCUGUACUUUGUGGACUCGUGGAGCACUCACUUCUACCACGAAGACCACCACACGAGCCCCGCGAAGCUCGACUCAUACAAUGCCACAGAUCCGGCCACUAUUGUCAUACCCUAUGCGGACAGCAAUCAUCACCUGUUGGUCAGUGUCCGUAACAAACUGGUCAAAUACGACACGACUACCCGUACGGCCGCACCGGUAGCUGAGUUGGCACACGAGCGCAAGGAGAAGUUUAAUGAUGGUAAGUGUGACGCCAUGGGACGCCUCUGGAUCGGCACAACUUCAGACCCGAUGGACCCGACCAUUAAGGGUGGUCUGUAUAAGUUACAACAUGAUCAACUAUCACAAAUGGCCACCGGGUUCACAAUGGCUAACGGUCUGGCCUGGAGUCCGGACAACACUCGGCUCUACCUCAUCGACUCCGGAGACCUGAAAAUCUAUGUGUUUGACUUUGAGCUGAAAAACGCUACAUUAACAAAUAUGCGAGUGUUUGUGGAUCUGAUCGCAAACCCUGAUUUCCCAGACGUUGUCGCCGGACCGGUGCCAACGGGACCCGACGGUAUGACCGUAGAUAAAAGUGGUAACCUUUGGGUCUCAAUAUUCAAUGGCGGACGAAUAGUUAGCAUUAAUCCCAAAACAGCUAGAGUUGAGCAGUCAAUACCAGUGCCGUCUCUGUGCACCACAACACCUAUCUUCGGGGGGCAGGCGUUGGAUCAGAUGUUUGUGACCACUUGUAUGUUAUACCAGGAUAUGAUUAAAUAUCCCAACUCUGGCAAAGUGUUUCGCAUUACAUCAGACGAGCCCGGGUUUUGGGGCGCUCGACACGCCUCCCAUUUUAACCCUGAUAUUUAAUAUUAUAUUAGCAUUGCUCAAUUAAAUAUGUUUAUAAUUUAU